AUAAUUCUAUCAGUCUUGCUACCAACUGAUGCGAAUAAUUUAAAUAGUUUCUUUAAUCUUGUUUAUCUAAUUAAUACUUGGGUGUAUUAUCCGAAUAGCAAUCAAAAUUCUAAAUUUAUUAGUGACUUAAUUAAUAUUGUUACUACUUAUGGUUUUGACGGAAUUGAUAUUGAUUAUCCUUAUAAACUUCCAUGCGGUCAAUCCGGAUUUGGUACUAUUUUUUCAAGUUUCCUAACUGGCAUAUCAGCAAAAUUAUUUGGUAGUGGUAAGAGUUUAACGAUUACGGCAGGCCAAUAUCCUAUAAAUAUGACCGAUACGGUCUAUGGUUACAUUGAUUUUAUAAAUAUUCAGGCAUUUCGUCUUAAUAUAAAUAAUGUGUCUGCAAGUGCUGGAAUAGACAAAAUCUCACAAAUUUUGAGUUCUUGGAAUGUUUUUGUAAAUAAUUCAAAACUCGUUUUAGGCGUUGAAUUUGGUGGCAUUUUCGAAUAUGUUUCUUCAAAUAGUAUUAAAUCAGACAUUGAGAAUCAACAUCUUCAAAUAGUAAAUGACACAAACCCUAAGUUUCCUUUAACCAACAAUGAACUGAUCUCAGAUCAAUGUAAUCGUUCAUCAUAUGCAUACUUGUCAUGGGAAAAUUUAAAUAGUUUAUUAUCACCAUCUUCUUGUCCUACAAAUUUAAUUUCAUCAUCGUCAGCAUGGACCUAUGGCUUUGUUAGCAACGCGAAACAACCAUAUCUUUACCAGCAAUCAAAUUCUAAUCCGUCAAAAUUCUAUGUUGCUUUCUAUGAAGAUUAUCAAUC